AUGACUUCGCAUGAAGUUGUUGUUAUUGUUGUGGAUCUAGGAAUUAUGAGCAUGAGGUGGAUACAGAAUCUGAAUAGAUGCACAGACGAAUACUUAGAUGGAAUCGAGGAUUUCAUUGUGUUUGCACGUACACACUGUUUGUGCCUAAUAGGGUCAGAUCACCAACCACCAGACCAAGGCAUUAAAUGUGUUCCCACGGCCAAGGGGCCAAAACCCACGAUCAGGGUGGUGGCCGGGAUUUGCCGAGAUUUAUGGGGGUCACACCACCAUGCUUCUCAACCCCAAACCACCAUGCUUCACAAUCCCAAAUGCCGAUUUGACUACCCACUUGCCCCGGUCGGGCUCCACCACGCAGGUCUUAUCAGCCUCGAAUGUCCCUCCAGGACUCCUAUAAAUACUAAGCUCAGGACUACAUUCAAAGGGUUCAAACACCAAAACCAAAAGCCUCCCACGGAGCAAAUUAUAUUUUCCUGUAAUGCACUUUCAAUACCUUUAUUUGCUUUCUUAGGAGUAGUGGUAGACUGUAAGAAAAAUCCAUUCAUCAAUAUAUCAUACGACCCUUGA